AUACGACUUUUCUAUUAAAAAACAAUGCUUUAAGGCUAAUACGUACUUGGAUGCAUAUUAUUCUGGCAGCCUUUAAGUGACUCAAAAGAAUGUGUCGACAAACUACCUAAAGAAUGACAAAUAUUGCUUUUUAGCCUUACACAGUUCAAAAUUCUUAGACUUUUCAAGGAAAAAACUACACUAAUGGAGGUUCUUAAUUAUGUUCUGUGACAGAGAUUUGAGAAAUUGAAAGUUAUAAUCAUAUCAGUGAUCCAAGUGGAAAGUAACUAUCCGCUACAAUUUGACUGUAGAUAUGACUUCAAACAAAAUCUCCACCGUCCAAAGUGUACAAAUUGACUACACUUGUGUUAAGAACACGCUGACAAAAUUUCAGCUCGAUUGAACUGCAGAUUGACCCUCAAACGAGUGACAGAAUGAUGCUGGACAGAAGUUAUUAAUUUCUUUCAAAUGCUAAAACUUUUAUAGUGGGUACUCCAUAUCAUCACAAUAUGAAUUAAUAAAAACAAACAUGUUAACUUAGUUUAAUCAUAUAAUCUUGUCAGUACCUACCUCCAAUAUACCAAACCAAUAAACCAAUAAACCAAUGAACUGUCAUUUAAAAAAUUAUGAAGCAUCCAAAGAUGACACAAAUAUCAAAUUUAAUAAUAGAAUUGAAAACCACCCAAUGAAAUUUCACAUGGGCCGGAGAAAGAGAGUGAAUCAUUUGAGCAGAAAAAAGAACACUUUAGUUUUCUUCUCAAAUCUAAACCAUUAGAAUCUAUUUUGAUAGUAUCACAGCAGAGUUCUCACAAGCCUUCAAUGGCUUCUUCAGUAAUAAUGGAGAGAAGAGAUUCAAUAACAUCCUUAUCUUCUCCUCCUCUUCCUCCUUAUUCUCUCUCUUCCUCUUUCUCCUUUACGAAGCUAUGACGUUUUCCUCAGCCACAGAGCUAAAGACACUGGACGUAGUUUCACGUCCUAUCUUCAUGAAGCUCUAACAAGUCAAGGAAUUGUAGUUUUCAUAGACGAGGAAGAUGAAGAUAACGGAGGGAAACCGUCAAUGGAGAAGACGAAAGCGGUGGAUGAAUCGAGGUCUUCGAUCGUGGUUUUUUCGGAGAAUUAUGGGAAUUUGGUUUGCAUGAAGGAAAUAAGGAAGAUUAGAAUGUGUCAGAAGUUAGGGGAUCAAUUGGUCCUUCCAGUAUUUUACAAAAUAGAUCCAGGCGAUGUGAGGAAGCAAGAGGGGAGCUUUGAGAAGUACUUUAAUGAACAUGAAGUCAAUCCUAAUAUUAGUAUUGAAGAGGUUAAAAAAUGGAGAAAAUCUAUGAAUAAAGUUGGCAAUCUCUCCGGAUGGCAUGUCCAAGAUUCCCAGUUAAGUAAUUAUCAUAUAUACCAGUUAAGCAAUUGAACAAGUUUCGACUCAAAAUGAUCACUCAACAAUUAUGUUGAAGAGGAAUCUCAAAUCAGUCUUACGUAGAACUUUUGAGGAACUGAAGCUUAACGGUGAAUACUACUUUUUUCCUCUAGGAGAAAUUUCCAAAAGAUGGUUUACUCUUCAAGUUAAGAGGCCUUCAGUGACAAUAAAAGUUCCUCCAAAUUUGCACAAAAACAAGAAAUGGAUGGGCUUGGCAUUUUUUGCCAUAUUUGCUAGUGAUAUCAACUCCAAUAUUUCACAAUCAUUCUCAUAUCAAUUGGAAUUUGAUGAGUAUCCAUUGGGGCGUCCAUCAAUUAUUCGUCUGCAUGAUGGAGCCUUCAGUGAUGACUCUCGUCAAUUAUGGGUUUCCUACGAGCCUCGUGAAGUUUACCCUUAUAGGUUAAAUAAAUGGAGAAACCUUCGUGUUUCUUUUCUACCAAGUUGCUCACAAACAAAGGUAAUAUUAUGUGGUGCACGUCUUCUUUACAAGGAAGAUUUGGAUGAGUUUGUAGACACUAUUAUUGACAGUGUAUUGGGUUGCUCCAUAAACCUUCAUGAGUUUUAUGAUGGAGUGUUUUUAAACGGUAUGUUGAGUUUGAUAAGAUCACAAAAGUAUGAUCCAAAUAUCGAGGAGGAAGAGGAGGAAGAGGAGGACGAGGACGAGGCUUUGAUGGAAACUAAAGGAGGAAAUUAUGCUUCCACAUCUAGCAGUUCUCUUGUAUCAACAACAAAAGGCCGUCUUGAUGAUAGCAAUGAUUACUACUAUAAACUCAAGCAAUGCCUUCAUGUUUUCUUCCAAAGGAGUUUACAGAACCGUUACAACACCGCGUUCGAUUUUAUCGUACGGGGACAUGGCGUUCCACAACUAUUCUCCCACCAACCGGAGAGAAAUAGAGCAAGUAUUCAACUUCCCCCCACAUUAUAAUUAUAUACAAACAAUGUUUGGAUUGGGUUUGUUGUUUGCACACUUCUAUAUGUCAACAAAAAUCCAACUGCUAUCUACAACAACCUUGGUUCAAGGAUGCCUCAUGACCUUAUGUGCCAAUUUGAAAUUGAGCAAGGCCUUCUAAAACCACUUCAUAUUCACACCACAAUGGAGAACAAAUGGUUGUGGUUGGAUGAAAGACAAUUUGUUUGGUUGUACUAUACGCCACGAAGAACAUUUGGUAACAUUUUGCGUCAUUGCUCGUAUAUCCGUGCUAUUAUUGAAGCUGAUAGUCCUGAACUGGCCGUUCGUCAAUGUGGAAUUUAUCUUCUACAUAAUCAAGAUAGGGAGAAGAUUGAUCAGAUAUUAAUAGAAUCGUUACCAACAAGAAGCAUCUAAGUAUAUACUAUAAUUCUCAGUUAUUAUUGAUGAAGAAAAUUAUUGAUAUUGCAAUGAUAUAAGCUUUGGGUUGUGAUUUA